AUGGAUCGAAUGAGGCCCGUGCAUGUGAGGCAGGCAAGUGGAUCAACCACGCCUACUUCAAAUACACCUUCCUUACAAAUGAAUUCACCAUUGAACCGUCACAUGCGUUCGGGUUCAACUGGCAACUUGAAGAAACCACAACAUACAAAAGCUGCAGCUCAGAGGCUUGCUCAGGUCAUGGCACACCAGAUGGCUGAUGAUGAAGAUGAUGAGGAUGAUCUUCUGUAUGAGUACAAUCCUUCAAGUCUCUCAGCAGGUAUUGGGCUUGCAAGUUCAAGGCCAACAAGAGCUCGCUCUCCGAUGUCAAUUCGCAACCCCGUGGAACAGUCUUCAUCCCUGCGAUCCGCAUCAGGUUUGCGGGCAUCUCCAGCUGUCAACUCAGUGGAAAAGCAACCUUCAUCAGUUCGUUCAACGGGAAACAUCCGAUCAUCUCAUUCCAAUUCCUUGGAACAGAUUCCCUCCAGUCAUUCUCUUGUAGCAGGUCGAUCAACUCAGUCGAAUUCCUUGGAACAAAUCCCCUCUAAUUAUUCUGUUGUAGCUGGUCGUGCAUCUCAAUCAGCAAGCUCGGUGGAUGAAGCGCAACCUCCAUCUGCGAGUAAUAAUUCAGCAGUCAGUCGAACAUCUCUAUCCAAUGGUGUUGAACAACCUCUCUCCGCUCGUUCACAUAGCCGUCCAAAUCUUGGUGUCAAGACAGUUCCCAUGGUACCCCCCGCUGUACCACUAUCACUUAGGUCCAAUGUAUCCACUAUUCCAGCUGAGGUUCAACCAGAUAGUCAUAAGGAUAAAAGGUUAUCUUUGGAUUUUGGAACUUUCAAAUACAAAGAAGCUGGCCAACAAUUGUCCUCCUCUUCUGACCUACAAGAUCAGAUUGACAUGCUCCAAGAAGAAAAUGAAAGUUUAAGUGAAAAGGUUCGACUUGCAGAGGAAAGAUGUGAUGAAGCAGAAGCUAGAGUUAAGCAGCUUGAGAAACAGAUUGCAAAUCUCGGAGAAGGGACAUCAUUAGAAGCUCGUCUCUUGAGCAGGAAAGAAGCAGCUCUACAACAAAGGGAGGCUGCUCUGAAAGUUGCAGCACAAUAUGCUGGACAAGGUGAGAUUGAAGCAUUGCGUACAGAAGCUGAGUUACUCAGAACAAUGACACACAGAAUGAUACUGACUCAGGAAGAGAUGGAAGAGGUUGUUCUAAAGAGGUGUUGGCUCGCUCGGUAUUGGAGUUUAUGUGUCCAAUAUGGUAUUCACGCAGAGCUAGCUCCAGCUAGACAUAAAUAUUGGUCCUCUUUUGCCCCACUUCCCAAUGAAGUCGUCUUAGCUACUGGCGAGAGAGCAAAAAAUGAAAAUGCCUCAGUAAAUAAUGAUGUAGAGGAGAGAGACAAAGUUAUAAAGGAUAAUCAUGAACUUUCAUCAGAAGGAAGUGUGGAAAGCAUGCUUUUUGUGGAGAAAGGUCUGCGAGAACUGACAUCACUCAAGGUAGAAGAGGCAAUAGCUGUUGCAAUGGCCAAAAAGAGACGUCCAAGUCUAAUAAAAGAUGAGUUGAGACUACCAAUUGAAGGGCAGCAUUUUGCAGAAGCAUUUGAACUAAGCCCAGAGGAGUCUGAAGAUGUACGUUUCAAGGAGGCUUGGCUCGCUUAUUUCUGGAGAAGGGCAAAGAAUCAUGGAGUGGAGCCAGACAUUGCAGAGGAGCGAUUGCAAUUUUGGAUCAGCCAGGGAAAUGGAGUUCCAAACUCAAACACUGCAGUUGAUGCUGAACGUGGGCUCAUUGAGCUCAAGAAGUUGGGAAUUGAAAUUCAAUUGUGGGAAGAAUCUCGAAAGAUGAUUGAUCCUUACUCCAACCAUAAGACACAGAUGGACUACGAGCUUCAACAUUAAGCAAAUCUUUCUUUUUCUUUUUUUCUUUUCCUCAAGUAUUUUAACUAUUGAAAUUUUGCGAGUCAUUUCCCUUGAAAAGUGCCCAAGUCCUUAGA